GUUGCAAUGGCGAGCCGACCCCCCCCCCGCCAGCCCUGAAAGCUGCCCGUGCUGAUUGCUGGGUUCGCUCCCCAAUGCCCACCGAAAACUCUCCAGGACUUCCAUCCAGGCGUGUCCACCUUUUGCCAACACUUCAUUCCUCUUAUUCUCUCGUCUUUGCCCGCGUUCAUACCGCUUCACUCUGCGCCCAGGCCGUCGCCUUUCUGCUCUCCCUCCUCGGCCUCCGCUCGCCUGCCCACCGCGAUCGAGCCCUGCGAGUUUUACCUUCCAAUUGGUCCCGCCUCAGCCGCUCGUUGACACAAGCAAACAGCCCUCCACGCACCAACCCCCAAAACCGCAGCCAUGGGUUUCGUCGAGGACGAGCUGAAGCAGCUCAAGGAUGUCAUCUCUAACCUUGAUUCUCGGAUCAAGAGCCUCGAGCAGCGCGCUACUGGGUCGGCCCCUACCACCAAAGAGAUCCGCAUGAUCCUCAUCGGUCCUCCUGGCGCAGGCAAGGGAACCCAGGCACCCAAGAUCAAGGAGCGCUUUUCUUGCUGCCACCUGGCCACUGGCGACAUGUUGCGCUCCCAGGUUGCGAAGAAGACUCCUCUCGGUCGCGAGGCGAAGAAGAUCAUGGACCAGGGCGGCCUUGUCAGCGAUGACAUCGUCAUCGGCAUGAUCAAGGAGGAAUUGGACAAUAACAAAGAGUGUCAGGGCGGCUUUAUCCUCGAUGGUUUCCCCCGCACCGUCCCCCAGGCAGAGGGCCUCGAUGCCAUGCUCGAGCAGCGCAACAAGAAGCUCCAGCACGCCGUCGAGCUCCAGAUCGAUGACUCCCAGCUCGUCGCGCGCAUUACCGGCCGCCUGAUUCAUCCGGCCUCGGGCCGCUCCUACCACAGCACCUUCAAUCCUCCCAAGGAGCCCAUGAAGGACGACAUCACUGGCGAGCCUCUUAUUCAGCGCAGCGACGAUACCGCCGACGCGCUCAAGAAGCGUCUCGGUACCUACCACAAACAGACCGCCCCGGUUGUCGAGUACUACCGCAAAAACGGCAUCUGGCAAGGUAUUGACGCCAGCCAGCAGCCCGGCCAGGUUUGGAAGAAUAUGUUGAAUAUCCUCGAGGGGGAUAGGAAGGGCCAUGCCACGGGCAUCCUCUCCCGGAUUGCUGGCCAAAGCUAGAGCCCUGUCCGACCGACCGUUGUGUGAGGGAAUGUAUCACCAUGACUAAAAUUUGGGGUGGCUUGAGACGCAUUCGACGGUCAGCUCAAGGCGGGACGUCGGGAAUUCCUCGUGGCCCUCAGAUGCCCCUGUAGACUUGAAAGCAGUGGAACGAAUGAAUGUAUGUAUCAAUACAUGACAGCCUUUGCAGUUUUAGCCGUGGCGAGCUGCUGGCAGAA